UAUUUUUUCAAUUUUCCAGAUAAUUUCAAAUACUCAUUUUGUUUUCCCAAAUCGAUCCCUCCGAGAGGGAGGAGAGAGAAAGUGAGAAAAAAAUAAUCAGUGGAGAAAUUUAUAGAAACCUCUAAUUUCCAUUUUUGUUGUUAAUUUUCUCUAUUUUCGAGGCUGACUUUUCGAUCCACUAAGUGAGUUUUUUUUCGUUUUUUCAAUCGCCGGUAAAUCGCCGAUUAUCCGGCGAAUUUCGGUCGCCGGAAUUUUGAUUGAAAUAAUUGUUUGAUUUGAUUGAAAUUUGGUUGAUUAUAGAAGAAUUUUGAAUAAAGAUGGUGAAUUCGAUGGUAGAUAGAGCUACGUCCGAUAUGUUGAUUGGACCUGAUUGGGCCAUGAACAUCGAGAUCUGUGACAUGCUUAAUAACGAUCCUGGGGAAAUUGAGGUGGCACUCGUGAGUCGUGACAGCGAACUAUGGUGUUUCGAGUAGCUAAGGAAAAUUUUAGUGGCAAGCUAAGGAUGUUGUGAAGGGAAUAAAGAAACGUAUUGGGAGCAAGAACUCAAAGAUUCAGCUUCUAGCUUUAACUUUGCUGGAGACAAUUGUAAAGAACUGUGGAGAUAUCGUACAUAUGCAUGUAGCAGAGAAAGAAUUACCUCAUGAGAUGGUUAAAAUUGCUAAAAAGAAGCCGGAUUUUCAUGUCAAGGAGAAGAUAUUGAUUCUUAUAGACACGUGGCAAGAAGCUUUUGGAGGACCUAGAGCACGAUACCCACAGUAUUAUGCUGCUUAUCAGGAGUUAUUGCGUGCAGGUGCAGUAUUUCCACAGAAAUCGGAAAGGUCUGCUCCUGUAUUUACACCACCACAAACUCAGCCCCUUUCUAAUUAUCCUCCAAAUGUGCGCAAUCCAGAGCAACGCCAAGAAGCAGCAGAGUCCUCUGCUGAGGCUGAGUAUCCCACCUUGAGCUUGUCAGAAAUCCAGAAUGCACGGGGUAUUAUGGAUGUUUUAGCUGAAAUGCUAAGUGCAAUGGAUCCAUCAAACAAAGAGGGCCUGAGACAGGAGGUAAUUGUGGAUUUGGUUGAGCAAUGCCGAAACUACAAGCAAAGAGUCGUGCAUUUAGUUAAUUCCACUUCGGAUGAAUCACUACUUUGCCAAGGACUGGCUUUAAAUGAUGAUUUGCAGAAAGUUCUUGCGAAGCAUGAAGCUAUUUCUUCAGGAACAGUGCUGAAGGAGAACUCAGAUACGGUGUCAAGUAAAGCUCUUGUAGAUGUUGAUGCUCCUUUGGUUGAUACAGGAGAAAGCAGCAAACAAGCUGAUGGAAGCUCUGCCUCAGGUGCAACUCUUCCAGCUCCCCAUGCAAAUGGCUCUGCAGCCACAACGUCUAAAGCUAUUACAAAAAUUGACCUCCUGAGUGGUGACCUUUUAGGUGAUGAUUUUAGUACACCAACUGCACAGGACUCAUUGGCUCUGGUUCCUGUGUCUGCACCUCAGCCAUCAAGUCCUAUUGAUUCCGAUAAUAAUGCUUUGGCCCUUGUCGACAUGUUUUCGAUGAACGAUACGCCAGAUUCCUUAAAUUCUCAGCCUGCCUAUUCUGCUGGGCAAGGGCAAGGAUAUCCUUUAGCACCAGAAUUUCAACAGCAGCAUAAUUUAAACCCAGGACAAGUAUCUCCAUUUGCAAAUGGUAUUGGUACAAGCACAGGGUUACCUCAAUAUGAACAGGCAGGAUUUUCGCAGCCUGCAGGUGCUCCCUGGAAUCCACAGGUAGCCCAGCAGCCGCAGCAGCAGCAGCCUUCAUUGGUCAACGGUUCUCAGAAUGGAGGAGGGUCAUUGCCACCACCACCAUGGGAGUCCCAGCCAACUGAUACCAACCAGCCAUUAGCUCCGCAGUUUUCUUCACCAAUGCAGGCCUCGCCAAUGGCUGGUCAACAAUCACCAACUUUCCAGGGUGGUAUGCAUCCCUUUGCCCCUCAACCAACUGGAAACGAUCAAGUUACAGGAAUGUAUGCACAACACAUGGCAGGUGGUCAUAUGCCAGGAAACGAUCAAGUUGCAGGAAUGUAUGCGCAACACAUGGCAGGUGGUCAUAUGCCAGUAAUGAAUAUGCAACCCAUGAUGAACCAAAUGCCAGGCAUGUUCCCUCAGCCUUAUCAGGGAGGGCAGAUGAUGGGUAUGGUUCCCCAGGCAAUGCCAGGUGCCCAGAUGAACUCUAUGUAUCCCGCUCAAAUGUAUGGGAAUCAGAUGGCGGCUUAUGGCUAUGGCUAUGCGCAGCAGCCUGAUGCUCAAUAUAUUGAUCAGAGAAUGUAUGGCUUGUCCAUGAGGGAUGACAGUUCUCUGAAGAACACUUCCAACCAGAACUCAUUGGCUUCAUACUUACCCCCUAUGAAACAGCAAUCUAAGGGAGACGAUAAAUUGUUUGGAGAUCUUGUUGAUAUGGCAAAAUUGAAGCCAGGAAAAUCCACUCCUAGUAGGACUGGGAGUGUGUGAUUUUGGGAGCUUCUGUUGCAUCUUAAUCGUAGUUUUUUUUUUUUGAAUUUUAGCUUGAUUUGCUAACUUGGUUCCUUUUGUUUCAUUUAUUCCGGGUCUUUUUUUUUCCCGGGCGGUUUUCUGCCUCUCUCAACAACUCAAAAGUUCUAGUGUUUUUUUUUUUUUUUCAGUAUAUAUGUCUUCUUUGCUGUUUCCCAGGUGUGAUAAUAUCAUAUGGGCAUUGAAUUUGAUGUACAUCAUCUUUAGAGAAUAACUUUGGACGAGAAGAAAUUGCAAGUCAGGUUGAAUUGAUUGGGGAUAUCUUCUCUUUUUUUUUUCUUUAAAUAAAAUCCUUGUAGUCA